CGUGUCCAGAAUGGUUCCUUUGCUCAUCCUCUCAGUGCUGGCAGCUGUGGUCUGUGAAGAGACAUGCAACUCCCAGGUGAACAGUGAGCUGCUGGUGGCCCUGAAUAAGGCUCUGCUGCGCUCAGUGGAGACUCAGGAGGGGCUGCCUAACCCCAGUGUGCACCUGGCCCUGCGUCUGUCGGACCUGCACAAUCAGGCCCAAGAGAGCACCCACCUACACCGUCUCACCAGUCUGCUGCACGCUCACAUCCAGAGCUCUCUAUCCCAGCCCCCCUCCUCCCUUGGUCUCCUGGCUUUGUACGCUUUAGCACUCAGAUCAUCCUGCUAUGACCUGAGCACCAUCACCUUCACAGUAAAAGGUCACACAGAUACUCUGCUCAACCAGCUCAAGAGCGCCUUGCAGAGAGAGAAGGACGAUAUUACAGUGAGCCAGCACAGCCGUCCCUCCACAAAUUACUACCAGUACUCCCUGGGUGUGAUGAGCCUAUGUGUGGGCGGGGUGAGGGUGGAGCACCAUGUCCUCCAUAAGCUCCUGAAGGCUGUGGAGCAGGACCACCUCAAGCAUGGAGAGGCUGAGUGUGUGGACUCAUAUGCCAUGGCGGGGAUGGCCCUUCAGUGUGUCAAAGACUCCAGGGCUCACGUCCUGAGGGCCAUUGAGCUGAACACGGCCCUCACCAAGAUCCAGAACAAGCUGUUAGCAGCACGCAGACCCGACGGCCACAUUGGCAAUGAGUACAGCACCGGCUUGGCAGUCCAGGCCUUACUGGCAAUGGGUCAGCAGGUGUUUGAGUGCUCCAUGCCUCUGGAGGCCAUGAGGAGAGACGCCCGAAACGGCCUGUACCACAACCCCAUGGCCCUGUCCCAGGUCCUGCCUGCUCUGCAGCUGCGCUCCUACAUCUCCACCAGGACCAAGCAGUGUCUUGCUGAGGAUGACAGCCUGGUCCUGGAGCCCCCUGAGCCUGUGGUAGAGGCCCCGGUCCAGCCCAAAGUCUUUGUGUCGGUGACAGUACACACCUCAGAAGGGACAAAGAGCCUCUACAGUGUGAACGUGCCUCAGGGGAGCUCUCUGCUGCAGGUACUGGAGCUGCUGGCCACCGACAGCACAGCUGGAUUCACGUUUGAGAAAGAGUCCAGUCUGUGGGGGCCCUUCCUCAGUGUAGUGAAUGGAGAACAGGCAAGGCAGAGUGACCGCAGAUACUGGCAGCUGUCAGCAGAGAACUCCGUGCUAACACAGGGUAUCAGGGAUUACAAGAUUGAGAUGCCUCAGAACAUUGUCAUUAAGAACACUAGCUACUGAACACAGUUUUGCUGUGGACCAAAGACUACAGGGAACACAUACGCUUCAGCUGUCUUUUACCCACUCAUGAUCCAGAGA